CUUAUCUUCAAAGCUUUUUGUUUCAAAGUAAAAGUAAAGUAGCUACACUUAGAGAGAAAUGCAUUCCAACAGACACAGCGUUGUUCAAAACUCUGGGAAAAAACUAAAUGUAGAAACUGAAAAAAAUAAAACUGAAGUUGAAUUUGAGCUGCCCCAGAAGAAAUUUGGAGCUAGACCAGAGCUAACUACAAAGCAAAAGCUUGAACUCAGUAAAGCGUUUGGAAUUUUCGAUCCCAGGGGAUGUGGACUUAUAGAACAGAGAGGUUUCAUGCUAGCGAUGAGAGCCUUAGGAUUCGAGCCGAAAUUCAGUCAAGUGGAUGAUCUCAUUGCAAAAGUGACUGGACGAACUGACAAUGAAACAUUGGAUUUCAAAGAUUUCUACAAUUUGUUGACAGUUGUAAUGACAGGAGAUGAUUCCAAAGAUGAUGUAAGGAAAGCAUUCAAAAUGUUCAGCUCUCCAGAAACUGGGGUGAUAUCUUUAGAGAAUUUAGAGGUCAUAAAUCAUGAACUUGGACAAGAUAUAUCAAGAGAAAAAUUACAGGAAAUGAUAACUUUUGCAGACAAAAAUGGAGAUGGUGUAAUUGAUCUUCAAGAAUUCAUUGCCAUGAUGGAAAGGCCCAUGCUGGAGUAGAAUACUUUUUUUUUUACUGGAGAUGAAGAAAAUUAUUUAUCUUGUGCAAUUUGUUUUUUUUAUAAAUGGCAUACUAUAAACAAUUUACUGAUGUAAAUUUUUAAGAAUAAACUAUAAAGACAUUUAUUAGAAAACAUCCUUAUUUUUAUCUACAGACAAAACAGCAUUACUUUUUUGAAAUAUAAACAAGUGUGUUGAAAGCAAUUUUUAAACACAUUAGCAACAUGAGAGAUGAACAAAGAUUUUAAAAUGAUGGCCUCACUAGUCCAAAUGGAUUUGAUUUGAGUUGGAUUUUUGGCACAUUGGCAAAAUUUAGGCCAUGAUGUGCCCAAAUAGUCCAAAUGGCAAGACGGUAGCAAAGGUUGGAUGUUUCUAGUUUAACUACUAAUGGGAUGGUGUAACCGCUUAACACUGAUGUAAAAUAAGCACAUAUUACAAAUUAUGUUUAUGUGAAUUUAUUUUUUUUUAAACACACACACACACACACAUAUAUAUAUAUAUAUAUAUAUAUAUAUACCUAAGCAUUUCUUUUAUUGUAUUCUACAUUUCAUUUUUGUUAGUACUUACAGAAAGCAGAAUGAAAUGUUACUAUUUAAAUUAAUAGAAACAAAAACCUAAUGAAAAAAAACAGAAAAAUGUUUAUUGUGGUACCAUAAUAAAAUUAAAUCAAAAUGAUGAAA